GUCAGGAUGGAGUCUGCGUAAUUGCAAUUGGAAGGAGUGCGCAAUGGGUGAUUGCCAGUUGAGUGUGGAAUGAGUCCAGUCGUCUUGCUGGGUUGGUCUGGCAGAUCUUGUGACAGGUGGCUUCCCAAACUGUUGAGUUCGCUCUCAGAUUAUGCUUCCCCGCUAGGAAAGAUAGAGGGAAAGAGCGAUGGUCAUUCUGUCUCUGGAAUUGUUUGCUGUCUUGGGGGCAGGCAGUUGUACUGCGGUACCACGAUGCUGUUCGCUUAGGUUGACCUUGACGUCACAGGAGCCAGCCAGACUGUCACGGGGCCACGAAAGAGUGUCGUUCCUGCGCUUUUUAAACUUAGAGGGCCAGGCACGGGUGUGUCGAAUAUUCCAGGCCGGAGUUGCGAAUAUUAGGACUAGAGAAUGCGGUCGCGCCAGGCGGUGUGGAGAGGAAACAGACAGAGGAAGGAAGAAAGGCCGAGAGGUCGGGCGUUGUUGUAGACAAAGUAUGGGAAAGGGUCCUGGUCCCAGCCGGGGGCGGGGAUGCAAGGUGGGUGGUUGCAGAAGGGAUAUACAGAUAUCCGUUGGUCGGGAAGGAAGCUGGGGAUCGUGAACGUGGACGGGGAGAAAGAGCAGAAAAGGGCAGA